AUUGUAUUUAAAACAAAAAUCAAUGUAUUUAAAACGAGCAAAUCAAUUGAUUUGUACGGAUAUAAACUUCAGUUAUUUUUUUAUGCUCCUAGAAGCCUUUAUUGAUCGAUCUUUGAAAAUUAUGUUAUUGACAGUUGUUUGUUGUCAUACUGCUAAGCAACUAGGUAGUCUCCCUUGUUAUCGAUUUUUUUGGGUGAGUUCAAGAUACACUAGAAAAUUUACACAAUUUUCUGAAUGUUGAUGUGGUGGCCGUGGGGUUAAGCUCCUUGCGUAGCAUGCUCGCGGUCAGGGUUCAAUCCUCGGCCGGGAAGUAUUUUUUUUUUUUAUUGCUUAUUUUUUUUUUUUUUACUUUCAGGAGCUGGAUGGGUUGUUUCAGGAAUUUGGCGUUGCUUCAGAAAUUAUGUCACAAAGCGAUGAUCAUGAGGCGAUCGGAAAUCUUAGUCAGGAGUGGGACAGUGAAGAAGAAGAAGAAGAUUUAGAAAAUGCGUUAGAAAAUGUAGAAAAUAGUAUUUCGUCAAGAGUCCAUGACUAUAUGAGCAACACACACUCUUGUUAUUCUGAACAAUCAGGGUCAGAGCUUGACGACAAUAACACCAAUGAUAACGAUACAUCUAACUGUGAGAAUAUAAAACUGUGUAAAUGCAAAUCUAACUGCAUGGAUAGCUUUGAAGAAGACACAAUUAAUAACCAUAUAUUGUCACUUAGAGAAAUGGACAGGGGUGAGAAGGAAAUGUUCAUUAUGGGAAGCCUUCAACAAGUAAGUGCUGAUGAAACUUUGAAAGGUAAACGUAGAAAAAGGACAAGAUUUAGGUACGUGUUUCAGGGAAAAAAGGUGUGCAAGGACGUGUUUUUAUAUAUAAACGAUAUAGGAAAGAAAUCGUUGAGGAACAUCGUUGACCAUUUUAGUAUGAAUGGGGCAGUACCACGUACCCAUGGCAACACCGGACGAAGACCGCAUCAUGCUCUUGGAUACAAUGAGAUCAGGUUUUGUGUUGACUGGUUGAUAUGGUAUGCCGACAUACAUGGUUUACCCAUGCCUGCAGCUCCGAGAGGACAUGACGGAGAAGCUCCUAUAUUGCUGCCAUCUAAUCUCACAAAAUGUAGUCUGCACACAUUAUAUUCUCAAGCCUGUAUAGAGUCUCAGGUUAGAAAGAUUGGAUUGUCAUCGUUUAAGAACGUUUGGAGUAAUGUUGUGCCGCACAUAAGAAUAAUGACUCCAAAAGAUGAUGUUUGUCAUAAGUGUGAACUUUUACGCCACAAGGUUGUAGAUGCUGUGACAGAGGCGGCAAAAUUAGAUGCAGCAAAUCAUCUCCGUGAACACGUGCAGGAUGCAAAGGCUGAACGAGAAGUAUAUCAGACAGCAGUUGUCCAGGCAAGAGAAGAAAUGUCAACUCACAGACGACAUGACAGACCAGUAACUCCAGUAUCCGCAGAUUUAAACAAAGUGCUCUUUACGUUUGACUACAGCCAGUGCGUUACAAUACCACAUCAUAGCCGGCAAAUGGGUCCAAUAUAUUUUGUGACCGGUAGAAAAAUAAACAUGUUCGGAAUACGGGUAGAUUCUACAGGAGAACAGUUUAACUACUUGAUUGACGAGGAUCAGUCAAUAGGUUUAGAUGGUGGCGGAACUCACGGUCCAAACUCAGUGAUUAGUAUGCUUCACCACAGUCUCUCUAACUAUGGAUUUGGAGAAAAAGGUCUUUAUCUACAUGCUGAUAAUUGUGGAGCUCAAAACAAAAAUAGAUUCACGCUGGCAUACCUGAGUUGGAGAAUAAAUAUGGGAUUGCAUGAAAAUAUAACAUUACUUAUGGCUAUCCCUGGACAUACAAAAUGUCUUGUUGAUGGAGGGUUCGGGCGGAUUAAGAAGUUAUUUAAAAGAUCGGAUUGUGAGAGUUUGAGCCAGUUUGCGGACAUCGUGGAGAAAUCGGCGAAAGACAAUUUCGCUGUCCUGUACCGAAAUGCAAAUGGCGAUCAAUCAUGGACUUGGUAUGACUGGAAAUCGUAUCUGACGAGAUAUUUUCUGCAGCUGAAAGGAAUUCAAAAGUACCACAGCUUCAGAUUUACAGCCGGAGACAAAACUGCGAUAUUUGUCAAAGAAAGGUCAAAUAGUGACGAAAUCCGCGUUCCAUUGAUGAGGAGAAACAUUGUUCUGCCAGAAGGAUCAUUUCCCGAUUCUAUCCAGCCAGCUGGUUUAAGUCGUCAACGACGAGAAUACCUUUACCGGCACGUUAGGAAAUACGUGCGUCCUGCGUACCAAGAUGAGACUUGUCCUCGACUUGCUGAGGAAUGAACGUUGUGAUAUUAAAAUUAAGUUAAUCUGAACUGAAAAAGGAACAGUUGAUUGUUUUGUUUCAGCGUGCAUUAUAACAAACAAUAAAAUAGUGUUUGUUUAAAACACA